AUGGAAAAACGCCGUUUCGUCUACGCCUUAAGCCUCUCGAUCGUCGUCUCCUUCGCACUUGUCGCCAUUGUGUCGUGUAUAGCUGCAGAAUUACACAGAACAAAGACCAAAGACCUCAGAUUGGAUGGGAAACUGUGCUAUUUGCCAGAAAGUCAAGCAUUUAGAUAUGGAGUUGCAGCAUUGGCGUGUUUGGUUAUUGCUCAAGUUAUUGGAAAUGUUUUGUUCUGCACAAGUUGCAGUUUGAACUCAAGAGGGAAGAAAAGCAAUGAUCAACAACCUCCUAGAAGAUCAAUUUUGGCCAUAAUUCUUCUUGUUAUUUCUUGGGCAAGCUUUACCGUGGUGAUAUUGCUACUGAGCGCGGCGACGAGUAUGAGCAGACAGCAACAAUACGGUGCGGGCUGGUUGAGCGGCGAGUGUUAUUUGGUGAAGAGCGGCGUAUACAUCGCCGCAGCAAUUCUGAUCCUCGUUUCGACAUGUUCGAUCGUCUGCUCCGCCGUAGCAGUCUUGAGGAAGAGCCUUCAGAUCGACGAAUCCAGAAAAACUAGUACACUGCCAAAAUAA